GACCGCGCGAUUCAGUCUUACCGCGAUCGAGCAACCGCGGCCACGGCAUCAGGUGAUCCGAAAGCCGUACAGCCGACAAUACGCGACACUGACACGCGUCGAACUCGAGUGUAAACGCGUCUCAUCUCACCCAGAUCCACAGAUCCCGUCUUCAUGAGUGGGGACCCAGAGUAUAUCACCACGAACUAUAACAUGCGCAACAAUGUCAAGCCGUCCUUUUGGGAGCAAAGGACGAGGAUGGAGAAGCGACUCCUGAUGGCGGUUGGUGUGGUGGCUUUACUGGCCGUUGGUUUUCUAGCCGCCUUCCUAGCCGUCAUCCUACUGCGAACCACACCGAGUAACGCUGACGACAUGCCACAAACUAGCGAACUGAGAGUGUCCCCACCCAUGCCGCCAGCAGUUAUAUCCAAGAGCGACCAGGGCGACUUAGUAUGCAACACGCCUGGCUGCGUUCACACAGCUUCCAAGCUGCUCUACAACAUGGAUGAUCAAGUGGAUCCCUGCGACGAUUUUUACGGAUUUUCUUGUGGAUCUUUCCUGAAAAACACAAGGAUCCCCGACGAUAAGACCUCCGUGAAUACCUUUUCCAUCAUCACUGACCAGUUACAAGAGCAGAUCCGAUCUCUCCUAGAUGAGCCCAUCAAGGAAGAUGAACCACGACCGUUCGCGCUUGCGAAGACGCUAUACCAGGCUUGCAUGAACAGAACUGCCAUAGAAGCUCGUGGUGUCCAGCCGUUGCUCGACAUGAUCCAGCGGCUAGGCGGCUGGCCGGUCCUGCAAGGCGAUAGCUGGGACGAGAGGACAUUCUCUUGGGACGAGUCGGUGUACAAGUUCCGCUCAGCAGGGUACUCCGUCGACUACUUCCUGGAUUUCUCCAUCAGCGUCGACGUGAAGAACUCUACAAAACGAAUCAUUGAUCUCGAUCAGGCGUCUUUGGGUUUGAGCCGAGAGUAUUUGAACCGAGGCUUCAGUGACAAACUUGUGGUGGCUUACUAUGAGUACAUGGUGGACAUUGCCACUCUCCUUGGUGCAGAUAGAGCUCGCGCUGAAAUUGAACUGAAAGACUCGCUGAUGUUCGAAAUGAAACUUGCCAAUAUCUCCUUGCCAUUAGAAAAACGUCGUAAUGCAACUAGUCUCUACAAUCCAAUGACGAUCGGAGAACUGCAACAAAAAUUCCCAAGGAUCCCAUGGCUGACAUACAUCAAUCGUCUCCUGGCUCCGCAUAUCCAAGUUGGUUUGGACGAAAUCACCAUUGUUAAUGUGCCUAAAUACAUGUCCGACCUUGAGGAUCUUCUACAAAACACUCCCAAGCGAGUGCAAGCGAACUAUGUGAUGUGGCGUGUGGCUGGUGCGUCAGUGUCUUACUUGACAGAGGACUUGCGUCGUCGCCAGCUGGCGUAUGUGACCGCGCUGUCGGGCAAGACUGAACGUGAGAGCCGUUGGAAGGAAUGUGCUGACACUGCUAGCGUGAGCAUGUCCAUCGCUGUGGGAGCUCUCUACAUCAGGAAAUAUUUCAAUGAAAAUUCGAAAGCCAAUGCAUUGGAAAUGGUGAAUGAUAUUAGACAACAGUUCCGCAAAACGCUUACUGAAGUGGACUGGAUGGACGAAAAGACACGAGAGGAAGCCCUUCACAAGGCAGAUGGCAUGUCAUCUCAUAUCGCCUACCCCAACGAAAUGCUCGACAAUAAGAAACUCACGGAAUUCUACUCUGGGCUGGAGAUGUCUGCUGACAAGCUGAUGGAAUCUGUGCUGAACCUGACUUUGUUCGGCACCGAGUAUCUAUUCAGUAAACUGCGCGAGCCUGUGAACAAGACCGACUGGGUCACGCACGGACGCCCGGCUAUUGUCAACGCGUUUUACUCUUCCAUUGAAAACAGCAUCCAAUUCCCAGCCGGUAUCCUGCAAGGAGCAUUUUUCUCAGCUCAACGCCCAGCUUAUAUGAACUACGGCGCCAUUGGUUUCGUCAUUGGCCACGAAAUCACACACGGUUUUGAUGAUCAGGGUCGACAAUUUGACAAAAACGGGAAUUUGAUCGACUGGUGGCAAGAAAUGACCAAACAGAAAUACUUGGAGAAAGCUAAAUGCAUUAUCGAUCAAUACUCGAACUACACUGUUAAAGAAGUGAACAUGAAACUCAAUGGUGUAAACACUCAGGGUGAGAAUAUUGCCGACAAUGGUGGAAUUAAAGAGGCUUAUUAUGCUUACCAAGCUUGGACGCAACGCCAUGGCGAAGAGGCUAGUCUCCCAGGGCUCGAGAAGUAUAGCCCAAGACAGUUGUUCUGGAUGAGCGCGGCGAACACGUGGUGCUCGGUGUACCGUAACGAAGCCAUCAAGCUGCGGAUCACGACCGGCUUCCACGCGCCCGGCCGCUUCCGCGUCAUCGGCCCCAUGUCCAACAUGGAGGAGUUCGCCGAAGACUUCAGGUGCCCCGUCGGCUCCCCCAUGAACCCCGUCAAGAAGUGCAAAGUGUGGUAAUCGCCCACCACGCCGAGGAAGCUCUCUUGCCCAACAGAAAUCGGACCCAUCACCAGUGUGCCUAGUGCCAGUUUUCAAUGUUUUCAUACUGUGACUAUCGCGUAAUCGUAAACGCGAAUUUCUGAAGAAUAGGCUAGUUGACACUUUUUUUUUCAAAUGGUCUUAAAUAGUCCAUUAUCGUUCUACUAGACUAAAAAUUUUGUGAUUGACAAAAAGCCUGUCGCCCAUGACAGUCUAUAUUUCAACUGUGUCAUGACGUCACUACAAUAAAUCCCAUACACAUGGAGUGUUUGACAAAAAUAUUCGUUAACAAUUAGUUCGACGUUUAGUACAUCAACGGUGUUAAUGACGUCACAAAAUAGACGACAUCGUUUUUGACGUUUGGAAAAUUUAAAAAAUACGUGAUAUUUAAAUUAAGUUUUAAAAGAAAUCCUUAACUUUUAUUGAUUGAUAUCGAUAUAUUUCGGACCCUUAUUCCAUGUAUUACGCGAAAUUAAUAUUGUUUAUAUAAACUACCCUAAUGGCGCUGUUUCAAUACCUUAGAAAAUAGCGUUUACGGUUACGCGAUAGUCACAGUAUGAAAACAUUGAAAGCUAUCACUAGGCGCUCAGACGUAAGCUGUUUCCUCCACACUGAGAAGUUAGAUAGAAACGGACGACAGUCAACAGGUCCGGACUCAAUUAGAUGUUGGAUGUUUUAUGUAAAAUUUUGAUGUUUUAGACGCACGAUAAUAUUAAAAAUGUAAAGACCAACACCAAAGCUUAAUUGAUCAGUAGCAAAUUAUUUAUUAAUAACACUUUAAAGUUUGAACAAAUCACUUUAAAAAAAUGUAUAGCUGUAUGAUUGUCAUGUGCCGAUUAAUUAUAUUUCAAUGUUUUUAAUGCAUUUUAAGUAGGUUUAGGUACUUACUCAUCUAAGUAAUUUAAUGUUAAUUCAAUGUUGGUGAUAUUUUUAGACUGAUCACCGAGAUUGUUGGUCGAUAUGUAUGAAUUUUUAUUUUUUUAAGUUAUUCCGUUAGUAUCAAAAUAUUUCUAUUGUUUGUUCAAUGUAUGAUGGUGAGGAUAGAUCAACGCGUGUGAAGUUGGAUAUUUUUAACCGACUUCAAAAAAAGGAGGAGUUUCUUUGUCAUUUAUUAACCAAUUUUAAAAAUAUUUUUUUAAAAUUGGUUAAAAUGAAAUACGUCUUUGAAGUCGGUUAAAUUUUACAUUGAUUUUUAUUUUCGAUUACGAAAAAUCUGUUAAUACUUACAUACUUAUUAAUACUUACUACACAUAGCUGAUACUUAUUGCCUUUCAAUUAUUGGGCUGAGUUAGAUAUGGUUUUAUCAACAUUUUGAAAGUGUACGUACCGGUUUGGUGAUAUGAAAGCCUUUUUAAAAAAAUUUGCUUCAUAUUAGAUAAAUCGCACAGAUUUAGUGUGUAUUUUUAUAUAAAUAAUAUUUCACAAAAUUUAUAGAACAUUUAAUAAUCCACGCUUAAGGUCUGUUUAUAUCUACAGACAUUUAGCGUGCUAGACACGUGCCGUGGCAGACAAACUAAUAUUCUUAUAUACAGUGUUUAUUAACGUAUUUCUAUCUAUCGUAACGCGGCGACGCAGACGUUGACAGAUUAGCGGAAAGAAUAUUUUGUCUGUGCGUUUCAUGUCUGUAGAGUCCUUUUCAUGAAACCUGAACCAAAAUUGACAGCGCCUUACACAAAUGACACUAAGAACGUCAUUACCUUUUGACAAUGAGCGCCAUUAAGACAUUAGCGCCGCAUCUGGGGGACUUCUUUCAUGAAAAGGACUUUAAGUGUCUCUAACUACCUUUUGGGCAAUGUGAAUAGACGGUGUCUGUGGGUGUCUGCCACACUACUUGUCUGUGACGCACUGUGUCUGUAGAUAUAAACGGACCUUAAACCGUAAAUUUUCAUAUUUAAUAGUUUUGGAAGCGUUAACAAGGCAAUACUUUGUACUAAUAUACUAGAUUUUCUUAUAUAAUGUAUAUUGUAGGCCACGUUUCAUAUUAAGUACAUAAUAUAUUUAACAUAUUUGGUGUAAAUUCAAAUUCUAUUUACCUCCUCACGCAUGUAAUUAACAAUAUAUGUUGGUUUUUUGACACGCAAGCAUAUUAUGUACAAAAUAUGUAUUUAUUUGCCAGUUUAAAAUGACUUACAUAAUUAUUCAUGAUUUCACAACAACAGAGUUUAGCUUAAAUUAUUUUUUAAUUUUAUGAUAUUCAACCGUAAAUAUUUUGUUCAAAACGCGGCGCUUCAAGUCUUUAGGGAUGAUAGAUUUUUCAAAAAAUAAAUCGAUCUUAACAUCCUUUAAAAACUGAAUCUGCAGUCUAAAAUUUUUCCACAACAGUACAAUAAUUUAUCCAAAUGAGUACAUAACGUAAACUGCUUUGUUGUAAUUUAUAUUUUUUUUAUUUCAUGCAGAAUAUACUUUGGUUUGUAUCCAAAAUGCAGUACCAAUCAGUAUUUAAAAUAUACCUUUGCAUAUAAACUACAAGCCCAUGGAUAAAGUUAACCUGUGAAAUGAACCCACGUGUAUAGCGCUUAGAAGGCUGUUACUAUAUCAGAAAAUACUAUGUCGUCAUUUCUAAGCGGUGUAUUUCGAUAAUUAUUUAUUUAAACAAAUAUUAACUAUAAUUUUUGGGCGGCAUUAUUAUUAAACAUUAUUGUCCGUGUUUAAUAAUAUUUUGAUCAUGAUGCCGUACAUUUAUGGUGAUCUUAUAUCAUAUGGGUGUAGGGAUAAGGUUUCGAACCUUGGCUUUCGACCCGUGCGUUGCAAAUAUGUACGGCGUUUGCGGUUAAAGUAUCUGUAUAUGUGUACAAAAGAAAUUAUCUAUAUAUAAAAAUAAGCUUCUGGAAUUAUCGUCAAAUUAAAAAUUUGCACUAGCUUCUUAUUCUGGCACCACCACUUUUGUACGGCACUAGAUAUUAUUAGUGGCUAGUUACCACCCUACCGACAAAGACGUACCGCCAAGCGAUUUAGCGUUCCGGUACGAUGUCGUGUAGAAACCGAAAGGUGUGGAUUUUCAUCCUCCUCCUAACAAGUUAGCCCGUUUCCAUCUUAGACUGCAUCAUCACUUAUCAUCAGGUGAGAUUGUAGUCAAGGGCUUGUACAGAAUAAAAAAAAAGAUAUUUCAACAUUUAAUAUUAAUCAUCUAUAGGUACGCCUAUAUGAAAGCCGUACAUUAAUAAUUAGUCGUAAUUCCUCAUUUGUACCUGAGAUAUUCCAUUCACUUACGUACCGCUCAGAAAUGACGGCAUAGUGCUCAGAGUUAUUUCCACAGAGAUACAGCUUUCUAAGCGUACAGAGUAACAGCCUUCUAAGCGCUAUUCACGUUGGUUCAUUUCACAGACUAAUUUUUUUCAAGGGUUAAUUUUUUGUAAUCUAAUAGGUAUUGAACAAAAACUGUUAAAAGGCAUACCUACACACUAAGCGGAUAUUCCUUUACAUAGCACAGUGAUAAUUUAAUGUUAGCAUAAGUUCUUAGUUAAGUAUUACUAGAGGCGGAUUAUAUGAACGGCAAACCAGCCACUUGGUAUCAUGAAAGGGCGGGCAAACAAAGAAAAAGAAUUAUAAUAAAAUAAUUGUGCUAGUAAUAUUUGGCGUAAACUCCAUAUAUGUACUUGUAAUUAAACGCCAUGUUUACUAGGUACUAGUGGGAAUGUAUAAUAUGCUAGCUUUUGCCGAUGAUUCCUUAUAACAUCAAGUAGCUGCCAGUGGAAGUCCCGUCUAAAACGGCCCAGUCAUUAAGAUUUGCUAGAACAAAGUGACAGUUAAUUCUUUAAAAUUGUAAAAGAAUAUUUUUUAAAUAUGUACCGUAUAACCUUUCAUUUGAAUUCAGUGAAAAGCUGAUAAUUAAUUAAACAUUACAAUGAGACAUUUAAAUUUUAUUUAUUUGUAUAGAUACUUACUGUACUCGUGUAGCCUCCUAAGGGUGUCAUAAAGUGCUUGACUGGGACGCUUUCGAUAUUUAAUCCGCCACUAAGUAUAACUUUUUGGAUAAUCUUAUUGUUGUAAACAUUGGAAAACCAAUAAAAAAUUUGUAUUGAUAA